UACAAAAACAAGCUAAAAUCAGUCAACUACUAAAAUAACUAGACUUUGCCAAAGUCUUCAAACUAAAUCUUAAAUUUAAGGAAAAAAUAAAAUAAAAAUAGACUCUGCUAAAACACAAAUCCCUCGUCAAAUCCUGUAACCAUUUCUUGAAAAUCCCAAUUCGAGAAAUGGGGUUGUUUGAUUUGGAAGAACAAUUUGCAUUCUAUGGAGCAUAUCACAGUAACCCAGUAAACAUAGUAUUACACAUGAUCUUUGUCUGGCCGAUUGCGUUCACACUUAUGGUUCUUUUGUAUUUUACGCCGCCUCUGUUCAUCCACCCCCAAAUUGAUUUUGGGGGUCUUAAUUUCUUGGUAUUGAAUUAUGGGUUCUUGUUUGCUGUAAUUUACGGCGCGUACUAUGUGAUUUUGGACAGAAAAGCUGGCUCCUUUGCUGCUUUCCUGUGUUUUUCUUGUUGGCUUGGCAGCAGCGCUCUUGCUCAUCGGCUCGGCUUCUCUUCGGCUUGGAAGGUUGUUCUGGCGUCUCAGAUACUGUGCUGGACUGGUCAGUUCAUCGGCCACGGUGUAUUUGAGAAACGAGCGCCUGCUCUGUUUGACAACCUUGCUCAAGCAUUCCUCAUGGCACCAUUCUUUGUGCUGCUCGAGGGACUGCAAUCUGCAUUUGGAUACGAGCCGAAUCCUGGAUUCCAUGCUAGAGUACAAGCCAAAGUAGAUGCUGAAAUCAAAGCUUGGAAGGACAGCAAACUCAAGAAAACUUCUUAACAAAAUUGUUUACUGCGAUUUCUUUCCCACACACAUUGCAUAGGCCCGAUGCCUAUUUCUACAUAAUAAAGGCGGUGGUUUGGAGCAGCGAAUCGAUCCGCCGAACGUAAUUAAUAGUACGAUUAAGAUUAGUGCCUAAUGAAGUUUCUAGUACAAUUAUGAAUAUAAAAGACUAGUCGAGAAUUCUCUAGAAUAGAGAAGUUCUUGCUACUCUUAAUUCAUUUAAUUUGGAUCUUCUGCUUGUUCCUAGCCUUUUCCAAGUGAGGUUUUCUCGGAGUUUGCAUAAAUCGACUCACCACUCCGACGGCAAAUUAUUUGUAUGUACAUUUCCUUCGGCAUAACUCAAUCGUGCAUUUACGUCAAUGGGGAGUAGAGAUAGGUUUGCGUUCCGUCAUCCAUACUUUUCAAGAAACUCUUUAGCAUACUUAUUUUGGCAUAAAAAUAUCCCUUUGCUGAUUUUUUCUAUUUCGAGACCGAGAACGUUCUUUAAUUCUCCAAGUGCUUUCGUGUGAGAACGUACUGAUAA